AUGGCCGGCGCGAUGGCCGCGCACGCGCGCUGCGCCAUGGUCAGGGAUUUACACCGGGUGACGUCCGAGGAGCAAUUAUUCGCCUCCGCGUAUAACGCGUCGCCUCCCACCGCGCAGGGCGCGGGCGUGAAGUGGGCGCUGCGCGGGUACCUCCCUCCGAAGCACCUGCGGAUCCCGGGGAUCGACUACGGCGUUCCGGAGGACAGCGCGAUGACGAUGUUCGGCGGGGACAUCUCCCCGAGCGUCGUGGGAAGGGAGAGCAUCAGUGACCUGCUCGCGGGGUGCUUCGCGGCCGCGCAGAGCGGCGUCGACGCGGACGCCGUCAUGGACGAAGACGGCGUCAGCGAGGUGACAGGUGCGCGGAGGGAGUUUCAUUCCCGUUUUCUCGCCGUCGUCGCGCGACGCGACGGGAGGUCGUUCGAGGGCGUUUCGAGGGGCGCGCGCGCGACGACGGACGGCGCCGCGCGCGGCGCGGACGCGCGGCGCAUCUUGUCGAUACGGUCGCUGCUGACGAUGCAUUGCGUUUUUCCCCUCCUCUUCGUUUCGCUGACUCCCCCGCCGUCUCCCUACCCUCUUCCUCCGUCGCAGUGA